GUCUUGUGUGAGGAGAAACCAGCAGGCGGCUCCGGGCUCGCUUCCCCGGUUGUCACAUGCAGUGUGACUUCUGCUCGCUGCGGCUGCACAGUGACAGCUCACACCGGCGCUCUAGUUUCUCGGAUUGAACUCGGAUUUUUUGCCUAUUUGGAUUUCUCUAUGUUGAUAAUAGCAGUGACGGACUAUCAACAGUUUAUUGCUAACACCGUACUGAACCCUGCCUGCUCUGACACCGCGACUCCAGACAGACACAGAGGCUGAAAGAGAAGUGGGCAGAUAAAGCCAUUGGAGGACAGAGGGAGAAGAACAACCUCUUGUAGAGCGGUGGCCAGAGAGACAGGGGAGCACAUGUGCAGCGGAAACGGCGUGACAGCAACAUCCUGACCGGUAACCUUGCUUCUGCACCCCCCCCCACCACCACCCGCCCAAGUACUCCACGAGCAGGGAGUCAGAAGGAAGGAAACGUGCGACCACCCCUCCUGCAGGCAUGAGGUCCUUCCGGUCCUUCAGUAACGAUGACCGCCAUGUCAUGGCGAAACACUCCACCAUCUACCCCUCCUCACAAGAGCUGGAAGCCGUUCAGACGCUGGUGUCCACCGUCGAGUGCGCCCUCAAACACGUCUCUGAUUGGAUGGAUCACUCCAACAGCGACGCCCACAGCCAGGUGGACAGCCAACCAGCAGACAGCACAGAGGAGGACAAUCCAGGUGACAAGCCCAGCGAAGAAACGGAGGAUUCCAGCGACAGCUACAGAGAGCCCACUAAUGGUGCCGUGCUGUGUGGAGUAAUGAGGAUCGGCCUGGUGGCCAAAGGCCUCCUGAUCAAAGGAGACAUGGACCUGGAGCUGGUGCUGAUGUGCAGAGACAAACCCACACAGACACUGCUGGACACUGUCUGUCAACAUUUACCCACACAGAUAGAGAAGCUGACAGAAGAGAAAUGCGAGGUCACGAGCUCCUUGCCCGAGGCGGCCAUAUUGGUACGAACGACAACAGAGCCCAAACUCACACUGACCAUCACCCUCACCUCGCCGACCAUGAGGGAUGACGAGGAGGAAGAGGAGGAGGAAGAGGAAGAGUUGGAGAAUGGGGAGGAAGGACAUGAGGAGGAAGAGGCGGAGGCGGAGAAGGAGGAAGUGGAGGAUGAGAAGGUGGAGGAGGAAGAAGAGGAGAAGAAGAACGGGCGAGUGUUGGGUGCUGCUGCGCAGAGAGUGGAGGCUGAGGAGGAGGAGGGGGAGGUGCUGGAUAGACACAGAUGUCUGUUGGCCCUGGCAGCGCUGCGACACGCCAAGUGGUUCCAGGCUCGAGUGAACGGGCUUAAGUCCUGCGUUAUCGUUCUCAGGAUACUUAGAGACAUGUGCAAUAGACACUCCGUCUGGGAACCUCUCAAGGGAUGGCCCUUAGAGCUUAUCUGCGAGAAGGCAAUCGCCACCUGCAACAGACCUCUGGGGGCCGGAGAAGCCCUGCGUCGAGUCAUGGAGUGUGUGGCCUCAGGCAUACUGCUACCAGGUGGUCCAGGUUUACACGACCCGUGUGAGAAAGAGCCAACCAACACACUAACCAACAUGACAGACCAGCAGGCUGAGGCCAUUACCUGCCGUGCACAGCAUGCCCUGAGACUCAUGGCAUUCGGACAGAUCUACAAGGUGUUGGAAAUGGACCCUCUUCCCUCAAAUAAACCAUCACAUAAAUACCCUUGGUCAGACAAAGAAGGUUUGGGUCUGAAAAGGCCGUAUGAGGAUGGAGCGAUGGAUGACAAAGACCUCAUCAAGAAGAUGAAGAGGAAUCUAAGAAAAGUCCUAGACAGUAAAGCCAUAGACUCCAACCAGCCUAUGAACGCCCUGAUGCGGUUGAACCAGAUCCGGCCGGGGCUGCAGUACCGCCUGCUGUCCCAGUCGGGCCCGGUUCACGCUCCAGUCUUCACCAUGUCCGUGGACCUCGAUGGAACCAUUCACGAAGCCUCUGGAUCCUCCAAGAAGACCGCCAAGCUGCACGUUGCUGUCAAGGUUCUCCAGGCUAUGGGCUACCCAACAGGGUUCGACUCAGACCUGGACCCCAUGAGUUCAGACGAGAAGUCGGACGGGGAGGGGAAGAGCGACACGUCAUCACACACGAGCAAUAACCCAACACACACCUCGGACAAUUCCAACGCACUGGAGGUGCGAACUCAGGGUCCGAUACUGACGGCGAGUGGGAAGAACCCCGUCAUGGAGCUAAACGAAAAGAGACGAGGCCUCAAAUACGAACUCAUCUCUGAAAGUGGAGGCAGUCACGACAAACGCUUUGUUAUGGAGGUGGAGGUUGAUGCACAGAAGUUUCGUGGGGCAGGCCCCAAUAAAAAAGUAGCAAAGGCCAGUGCUGCUCUAGCGGCUCUAGAAAAACUCUUCUCUGGUCCAAAUGCAGCUGUAACCAAGAAAAAGAAGAUAUUGCCUCAGCAUGUCUUUGUGCAGACAAAAGGAGUCCUGGCGGCCGCGGCAGCCGCCUCAGCAGUAGCAGCUCAGGUCGCCCGAGGAAGAGGAAGAGCAGCCCUCGCGAGAGGAGCCUUCGUCAGCGCCGCCGCACCAGGAUAUGUCACUCCAGGUAGUGAGAUCUUAUGCUUUGGGGCACCGUAUGGCUACAGCCCCGCUGCAGCAGCUGCUCCUGCAUACGAUAUGAUGCGCAGCCAUUCGAUGAGAGGACCCAGUAUCUUGUCCAAUGGUGGUCUUUUCAUUGACAAUCCCUUCUACCAGCCGCGGACCCUCGCCCCUUUUAUCAUUCAUCUGGGUCCCCAGGAUCUCUUCUCUGACUUCUAGUGGCAAGAAGGUUGUUGGAAACUCUCUUCACACUGACCUGUCUGUACAUGCAGGACGCCUAUCUUUAUGUCCUUCUCUAAGCCUUUUGAUGCAGGUGAUGGGCUCACAGAUCUCAAACUGUUUCUGUUUGAUCAGUCCGCCGGAAAAAAAACGUUCUGUUAGCAGCAGAGUAUAACAUCUCACCUACUGACCGAGAGGCUCAACGCUCCACUUUCUGUAUUCUCUAUUCUCCAACCAGAUUAUCACUUCAGAGGAGAGAAACCUUACACAAAGCAAUACUCGGAUUGUACGAGGAACGGGCUGAACUUCUUUCUUAUAGCAAUACACCAGAACUCCUCUCCAAGCUUACUGACUUGAGAAGAUGUGAAUGUCCGAUGGAGUUUUACCCAACACAGCAUUGCAAUAGCUCAUUCUGAUUGUAUAUUCAUUGUAUGUGUGUGUACGUGUGGCUAUAACAUGACUAUAUACACAUAUAUGUAUGGUGUAUGUUUCUAUAACAAUGUGUUGACAAUAAUAUUACUAUAUGAGGAUGUAUUUAUGUAAAUAUUCUAUAAAAUAUAACUAUUGUUGGUAUAAAUUAUUUUAGAAUUAUAACGUGAGAUGUAACUGUAAUAUCACAGUAUAGCUUUCUUCCAAUUUUAUAUACACUGAGCAAUUGAAGCUAGUUCUAGGAGAUGCAAUAUUAUCUUUGGUAUUCCUAUUAACCCUGUGCUGUUAGAAUAUGUAUGCUUCCUUCUUUCCUUUCCUUCCUCUCCUUACUUUCCCUCUAUCUUUGAUGUCUUUCUGAGCCUUUCUGAGCACGCUCUCUGCUGCCCGUCGGUCUGUUUACGUGGCCCGGACCAGAGGUGCUCACUACUACUGAACACACUCAUCACCUAAUCACACCUGUGCACACCCAGGCACACACACUUUCCUGUCAAGAAGCACAUUUUCUAAAGUCUCACUGCUGGCAGGGAAUACUGUUGUUACAAAUACAGUACUGUAUGUGUAUAGUAUGUGUGUACAUCCUCCAUAACACCCAUCAACACUCUGUCCCGCUCGCCUUAGGGACCAAAAGCACAGCUCACUCACGCAUUGCUGUUCCUUCUUUCUGCCAACACACACAUUCACACACACCCUUCCCUCCAGCCUCUUUUCCUGUAGGGACAUGAUGCCGCUGGUGGCAGAUACAGCCUGGCCAAAGGGCGUGUCUUAAAAAAUGGCAUCUCACAAGUUACUGGCUAACUAAUUAAAGGUAUAGCUCAGAAAAAGGUCUUAAAAGUGGAGCUUUAAAUUCGAUUGAUGUGUUCCUGCCUGGGAAUAAGUCUAUUUCAUGGGUUGGUUAUGUCAGCUGUCGGUACUUAGAAGGAGGGAGUUUACCUUUGGUUUCUUUUGCCAGUCACUGAAACC